GUCACUAUCAGAACUCGCAAGUUCCUCACCAACCGCUUGCUCCAACGUAAGCAAAUGGUCGUUGAUGUCAUCCAUCCCGGACUUGCCAAUGUCUCCAAGGAUGAACUUCGCGCCAAGAUUGCCAAGAUGUACAAGGCUGAAAAGGAAGUUGUUUCCGUCUUUGGCUUCAAGACUCACUUUGGUGGUGGAAAGACUACUGGUUUCGCUUUGAUCUAUGACAACCUUGAAGCCUUGAAGAAGUUUGAACCCAGAUACCGUCUCGUCCGUUACGGUCUUGCUGAACCUCCUAAGGGCGGUCGUAAGCAACGC